AUUGGUUUAAACUUACAGUUGGUUUUGGGAGGGCCGUUUCUACCACACAUUGAGUGCAUUCUUCGUGAUAAAGCAUUGUCAAUGUGUUCACCAGUAGUAUCAACAUCUGAUGCCGGAAUCAGAGCUACCAUAAAUGGACUGAGUUUGUUUUAUGAUAGACCUUGUCAAACUUGUGACAUAACAAUACAAGUUGAGAGAGACUUUCAACUUUCCCUUGACUUAUUUGAUGUGUCCCUGUGCAUGAUUGGAAGUCACCAACUUCAAAAUGCUUUGACUGCAGCAUGUGCAGCACUCUGCCUUCGUAAUCAAGGAUGGAAAAUUUCAGACAGAUCUAUCAGGGCUGGUUUACAGAGUACAUGCUUGGUUGGACGAAGUCAGUUCCUUACACCCAAGGAAGCUGAGACUUUAGGAUUACCUGGAGCUACGAUACUUCUUGAUGGAGCGCACACUAAAGAUUCUGCUAAAGCUUUGGUGGACACAAUACAAAUGACCCUUCCAGAGGCAAAAUUGGCCAUCAUUGUAGCAAUGGCUAGUGACAAGGAUCAUUUAGCAUUUGCAAGAGAAUUUCUUUCAGGUAGAAAAUUAGAGGCAGUUUUCCUAACAGAAGCUGAUGUUGCUGGAGGCAAGACCCGAAUAACUCCAGCGUCUGUGUUAAGGGGUUGUUGGAUACAAGCUUCCCAAGAAUUGGGGAUCAAUAUUGUUCAUGAUGGACUGGCAGAGUAUCAAGACUUGUUGCAGGAUCCAUCAACUUAUUCUCCAAGGGCAUCUGAAAACAGUACCUUAAUUGCUGGUGAGUAUUCGUUAGCAGUUUCCAUGAAGGUUGCAAAUCAGAUUCUUAGGACAAAAUCAGACAACCAAACAGGUAUUCUUGUAAUAACUGGAUCUCUACAUAUUGUAUCGUCAGUAUUAGCUUCCCUUCACAAUUGA